AUGAACAAGGCCAACCCCUCGGCAGCGGAGCGGGAGGCCCACCUUCAGAAUGUGGAGGACACACUGAACCGCAUUGCUCACCACAAAGGAGUGCUGGGCUACUUUAUCAUGGAGCCGCAGAAGGGGAGGCUGCUUAGUUUUGCAGGCUUUCGUGGGAGCUCCAGAGAGGCGCAUCGCUACGCUGACACGUUGAAGGGGUUCAUCGACCUCACCACCUCCACCGUUCGAACCAUUGACUGGAAGGACGAGAUGACAUUUCUGCGAAUUAGCUGCGACACUGUCGACAUUCUCGUCGCACCGGACGCGAACAAAGAGUACAUGAUGGUGGUCGUUCAAACUGUCAAAGGGCGGUGCGCCUGA